AUCCGCGUUUCUGAGGGUAACAUUAAACAGACGGACCGGUGUUUCACUCUCGGUCGAUAAUGCUCUGUCAAUGUUGUCAUUAAAAUUUUUGUCCAGAGCAAAUGUCUCGACAGCAUGCAGUUAUAUGAGAAGUGGACGCUUCAGCAGUGUCGGGAGAGGACUUCACACCGCGCUUUGCAUUAAAGAGGACACAGGCAGCAGAGCUGAGAGGAAAGUGUGUGAGUCAGUGCUGGAGCAGUUUAACACCCAGUACAGAGAGGAGCUGGGGGAAGUCUGGCUUUCUGCAAGGGAAGUCCUGCUGAAUCCUCACUGUUGGCAGUAUGGCGUCCUACUGAAUCGCUUCAGCGAUCAUCUGGAUAUCAAGGCCGUUUUAAAAUCUCUCGGCUACUACAGCCUUCUGUCUCAACCAGAUUCCCCUAUCGACCGGUAUCUUCAGUGUCUCGUCCAUAAAGAUGCAGUGCGUCUGCCCACACAGAGACAUCGGCAGGGCUGGCUGAAGCAGUACUACCUGCUGAAUGCUGCGUCCCUGCUGCCCGUGCUGGCUCUGGCUGUGAGGGACGGAGAGAGUGUGUUGGAUCUGUGCUCCGCUCCGGGAGGGAAAGCCCUGGCUGUACUGCAAACGGCAAACCCGGGGCUGCUGCAUUGUAAUGAAGUGGAUAAGAGCAGGUAUGAGUGGCUGGUGAAGACUCUGGAGUCGUACGUCCCUCGCGCACUCAGAGACACCCACACCGUGACCAAUGAGGACGGCAGGGACAUCGGGAGCAAGAGGCCAGAGAUGUUCGACAAGGUGCUAGUAGAUGCCCCAUGCUCCAAUGACCGCAGUUGGCUGUUUAGCGCUGGAGCCCAGCAGGGGGAGCUGCGGUUGAGAGAGCGAGCUAAACUUCCGCAGCUGCAAAAGGAGCUUCUCUGUUCGGCCUUGGCAGCGGUGCGUCCCGGAGGACUCGUGGUUUACUCCACCUGCACCUUUUCCCGUGCUGAGAACCAGUCAGUCAUGGAGGCGGUUCUUUCCACCUCACAGGGGGUGGAGCUUGUGGAUCUGGAGGAGGAACUGAUUGGCUCUUUCUCUGGUCAUUUUAAAUUUGCCCACCUCCAACCUCCUCUGGGUCAUUUGGUGGUGCCAGAACAGGGAAGAACAUGGGGACCAAUGUAUGUGUGUAGAUUGAGGAGAAGCUCCUGAACAGCUACUUUCUCAUGGUGUGUACAGGAUUUUGGAGUUUGCCUAUCUCUAUUAAAGAAGAUUACACCACA